UUAUACAACAUUGCUUGAAUCGCGCAUAGUUGCUAUAAUGUCAGGAAGAGGUAAAGGAGGUAAGGGACUCGGGAAAGGAGGCGCUAAGCGUCACAGGAAGGUUCUUCGGGAUAACAUCCAGGGCAUCACCAAACCCGCCAUCCGUCGUCUCGCUCGCCGCGGCGGAGUCAAGCGUAUCUCCGGUCUGAUCUACGAGGAGACCCGCGGUGUAUUGAAGGUGUUUCUGGAGAACGUGAUCCGCGAUGCUGUCACCUACACCGAGCACGCCAAGAGAAAGACCGUCACCGCCAUGGACGUCGUGUACGCGCUGAAGCGACAGGGACGCACUCUGUACGGCUUCGGAGGAUAAACUCAUCUGUACACUCACAAACACCCAACGGCUCUUCUAAGAGCCAC